UGCUGUAAAGUGUUUACAGUAGAACCACAUUUCGCCUCAAAACAGAAAUAAUAACUGGAUAAAUUUAAAUAACUAGUUAAAGUGCUUAAAUAACAAAGAGUACCAUCAAAAUUAAAGGACAAUAAAUACUAGAAGAAGUAGAGCCGUGGAAUUCCAAGGAAUCCUGGGAUAAUGACCAGUCCGUCGCGGGAUAUCAACGAUCUUUUCGACGACAUUGUCCUGACCGAGGAAAAGGAAGCCCGUUUGGGAUACGAGGAGGGUCUGAAGGACGGCCAGGAGCAGGGCAACGAGGAGGGCUACAAAUUGGGUUACGCCCAGGGAGUUUCCCUAGGCGAGGAGCUUGGCAGGAUUCUGGGUCAGGUGGUGGCCGAGCAGCAACUGAAGCACACGGACAAGGUGCGUCGCAGUCUGGAGCAGCUGCGCUCGCUCAUCGAGGCAUUUCCCCGCACCAACGAUCCGCAGGCGGAUAUAGUGGGAGCUGUGCAGGACAUCCGCACCUCACAUCGUCGUCUUCGCGCCUUGUUGGGAUCCAAGAAAAAGCCUGGAGCAGCUCCUUUAGACACAACUUCUGUGGAACACAAGGACUAUAGUUUCUAG